AAUAUCUAUCUUAUGAAACAAGUGGUUUCUAUCCAUAUGCAGAUAGUUUUUCUCUUGACUACGAUGUUGGUUAUUACAAUGUCCCAUACUAUGCAGACGUGUACAAUCUUCAAGAUUCGAAUGAAACUUUGGAGAAAGAAGAUAAUUACGAGAGAAAAUAUUCACUUUCCAAAGAAGAAGUUUUUCUUAAAAAUGAUGAUUGUAACUCUCUUUACGAAGAAAAUCAAGAAAUGAGAAAAAAACUUGAAGAGCGAGAAAGAGAAAUCGAACGAUAUGAGAAGAUGUUCACAGAUUCGAGAAAGAAUGAGGUGAGACUUGAUAAUAUUAACAAGGAGCUUAAGAAGAGGGUCAAAGAACUUCGAGAAGAGAAUGCUCAGAUGAAAAAAAAUCUAGUUUAUGAGAAGCGAAUCUCUGACAAUCUUCGAAAUGAAUGUGUUCGAAAGGAAGAGUUGAUUGUUAGACUUCAACAGGCAAGAAGAAGCACAUAUCAUCCCAAAGAUCGUAAACAAGAUUACGAUAAGAUUGUAGAUGAGAAUAAAAAGCUAAAGAGAGAAAUAUUCUUUUUCAAAGAAACCAAUAUGGGUUUGAUCGAGGGAAACAAGAGAAGAAAAAUCUCUUAUAAUUCAGAUAACGAAUCAGAAG